UAAUGUCAGUUGGUUGUGUCUGAUGAGAAAGCUGCAAAAGAUUUCCUGGUUUUGUUAAAUUCGCAAAAGCUUGAUGAUCAUUGUUAUCGUUCGUAAUGUCUAAAAAUGGGGCAUUCAAACCGUUCAUUUUAUCGUCCCAAUAAUAUGUAACUAAAAUUAGUGUUAAUUUGUGUUAGUUCACCUGAUGUGUCAGUAAACAUGUUAUCCAGAUUUCACCACUAUCACGGCUCGAACAUUAUUCUGUUUGAAGAGAACACAGUAGCUUACCGAAAGGCUAGUUUUGCCCAUGGAUUGACUUUUAGUGAGAAACCUCUGCUGCCAGGGGAAAUAUUUUUAGUAGAGAUAGAGAAAACGGAACGCGGGUGGAGCGGUCAUAUGAGGCUGGGUCUCACGCUUCUAGAUCCACAGACAGCAGCUUUAGGAGAUAAGGGCUUGCCGCAAUAUGCGCUCCCAGAUUUGGCGAACACGGGUAUGUCCUGGAUUUUCCCUAUUUCAAAGUCUCAGAACAAUGUACUAAUCGAACUUGUAAACCAAGCGAGUGGGCGGCGCGAGUGCGAGCCCCGCGUAUCUGUGCUGGGCGACGGCCACAGCGUCAGAACACCUCGCGGCUACAUAUCUAAAAUGGUUCUAAAACCACAAACUUUAUCUCAAAAUGGCACACCACAAGGCAUAUUACCUAUGGAUGCUGGCAGUCGCAUUGGUGUUAUGUUUGUUCCAUGCCCAAAGACUAGUAAAGAUGAUCCUGAUUUGGCCGAGAUGCAUUUCAUUAUUAACGGUGAAGACCAGGGGCCUUGUACUAAAGCUAUACCAUACUCGAGAGGACCGCUGCAUGCUGUGGUUGAUGUUUAUGGAACUACAAAACAAGUGAAGAUUGUUCAACUUUAUGGAGUGAAAACCCUACAGUUAGUCUGCAGAGAUGCAAUACUCCAGUAUGUGCAGGAUGGCUCUGUGAAGUCAUUGCCCUUGCCAAAAUGCAUGAAAGACUUUCUACUCUCGUAGAUGAGGCUAAAAGCUACAAUAAGUCAAGAGAAGACAAUAAGGCUGUUAGUGAACAACUGCGGUAGUUUAAAUUGGCACAGGAUUUAAUAAGCCCUUCAUUUGACUAUAGUGUGAGUAAAAGCUGAAUAUUUUCGAAAUAUCAUUUCAUGGGGCUAUUUGAAACCCCUGGGGCUUUUUGAAACAAUUGAGAACAUAAGUUUUGAGUUUUUUUACACUAGUAAAACUUAACAGACUCAACAAAGUUUAUCUCCCAAAUAGUCCUAAGAGUUAAAAAUAAACUUAUGCAUUGUUUUCCUUAAAUAGUCAGAUAAGCGUGUUUAUGUUGCUGUUUGAUAAAAAAGUUAUUGAAGUCAUUAUGUUUAAAACAAAUAUAGAUACAGGGUAAAGACGAGUUUUUUCUUCAUUUUCGGUAUAGAACAUACAUGAGGGCUCUUAAGUUUAUUUUUCUACUUGCAUAUUGUUAUUGCUGAGGAUACUGGUGGCAAAAAUCUAUUCUAAUUACAAGUAGGGUUUCAGUCCUUUGGUACUUACUUCUGCACAAACUUAGUAUUUCAUUGUCUCAUGAUAAGAUAGGCUUUGCAUUUGCAAGCUGGAGCACAGUUUAAAAUUAAUUUAUUUUAAUAAUUUUAAGUCACUUUUAUCUCACAUUUUAUUGUUUUACUUGAAUGGUAGCUAUAAUAUAUUGCUUGCAUUCUGCCAUUAUUUUUGAUACUGUAUGAUGAUGAUUUCUCUUAUUUGAUAUUGUUUCUCUUUGGGAUAGAAUAUCCUAAUCAGCUUCUUAUAUUCUUUCAAAGUCAAAGAGUCAAUUUUUGUUGUGUAAUUUUUCAAUUCCUAGCCUUGAGUAUAGUUAUUCAAUAGGUGGGUCCACACAGAACGACUGCUUUGCGAGGAAUAGCCGCGCGGUGCAGCUCGGUCUGUGGACACGUGCCUCGCCCGAGGCAAUGCGGCUGAGGCAUGUUGACACAGACAGUGCUGCUUCCCGCGGCAAUUUCCUCGCGAGGCUGCUGGUUCUGUGUGGUCCCGCCUAAUAAUACUUGUGAUUAAUGUUAUAAAAAAUAUCAAAACAUUCCACCUAUGUUCUUACAUAAUUGUGUCUAAUAUUUGUUAGUUUAUAUUAUUAACACGACUAAUAGAUCUUCAUAAAAAUGCAUAUGUGUAUUUUAUGUUUAACAUGAAAAUUUCAACGAAUUUCCUAAUUUAUGAUGUUUUUAUGAGCCACAGUUGAUCUGAAAUUUGUAAAUAAUUAUUACAAUAUUUGAAUUAUAGUUUUCAAAACUUUCUGGGGCUAAUUCAAUUUCUAAAAUAACAGGCUCCUUUUUUCCUUUAAACAAUAUACAAGUUUUUGUAAUAUAUAGUUAGGUAAUUAGCAAUUUUCUUAAAUUAAUUGAGAGACAAAGUUUGCAUAUCUCCUAAAAUUGCAAUGUGAAUAAGGGAUCGGUAUUCAUAUCAUUUGAAAAUCACCCUAAAUGCGUAAUAUCUCAAAACGUCUUAAGAUGACUCUAAAAUAACGUAUAUUUAACACCGAAUUAUAAGCCGACUUCUAUUGACCCCACUGCGGCGCACGACUACAUCCACACUAUAAUAAAGAUUUGAAUUGAAUACAUAUGUAUUCAAUAAACUAUAACUGUUAGAAUGGGGUAAUUGUAUUGCAGGCAGUGUAUAGGCUAAAUUGAGUCACUAGUGGAGUUAUGCAGCCUUUAUCUUUUUAACUUUUACCAAUUGUUAUAAAUUUCUAAUUAUCGUCUAAAAUAUCAUGGGUCGUUCUUGCAUUCGUGUGUACCGUGCGCUGCUGUGGGUAUCCGUCCUCAUGGCCUCUACAAACGUCACCGAUACUCGGAUGCCUCAUACCGUGCCGGCAAUUUCCUAAAAUCGCAUCGCAUGCCGAUUGUUGCUAGGUCUUUAGCCAAAUUUUUAAUUGCAGACUAAUUGGCUUGAAUGAAUCCUAUCGCUUUGGAAUUGAUACGACCAUUAUAAUAUGUGUACUCAUAAAUUGGUUCCUCGAUUAUAGUCAGACAGAUGUCACUUAUUUUAUUGUUAAACAAAUCUGUAAAAUAAAUUGGAAACGUAGAUUGUACUACAUAUGUAGUUAGUGAUAGUUAAGUAUGAUUAAAAUGCAUAUAUUAUAAUUUAUUGUUUAAAACAUGA